UUUCUGGUUCCGCAGUUGACACCUUGACACCCUUCUCUUGCGAAAUCCGAAACCCGGACAAUUUUUCGACUCGAAAUCCUACCCGAUAUUUUUUACUGACCUUUCCUGGUUUCGCCUUUCCUCAAAAUUCCAAAAAUCUUAUUGUUAGUUAUAAAAAUUCGUGACGCCUUAGAAUUUCUAAUAGCUUUGUCGGUUUUUGGAGACGGAUAUUCUGGACUGACCGAAAAAUCCUCGGUUCUUCACCGAUGAAAAUUUUUCAUUUUUUUAGUUACACCAACUUCAACCAAAACUCAACAACCACAAAAUUCUAGUCCUUCCAAAUCUUCCACUUCUGCUCCUUUUGAUGUUUUACUUCGUUGUUUAUCUAAUGGCAUGUUGAGGGGAGGUGUUGGUGGAUUUUUAAAGAAUGCUAAAACAGCAACUGGAAUUCGAGCAACGAUUGGUCAGCGAGAAACACGUAUUGGAAUUUCACAAGCUUAUGUUGCUAUUGCCCGUAAAUUGGGCACUCAUUGGCUAAAACGAAACAUACAACUUUGGUGUGAACAUUUAUUGGGAUUGGCUUGUAAAAGUAGUUUAAGUAUUGGAUCUACAACUUCUUUACCUUCAUCUUCCCAAUCAUUUUCUUCACCCAAUGAUCAACUUUUAACAAUCCGUCGCUGCCUCCAUUAUAUUUUUCGAUCAACAAUAGGCAGCUUACUUUCAGAGCCUGAUCAAAUAACUGCUUGUAAACGUUUGGGAAUUGUUUUGGCUGAAUAUAACAAUUGCUUUGAUUGCGCAAUGGAUUCAAGUAAAGAAGAGGAACGUGUUCUUACCUCUGAAGUUCAUGCUAGCGCAAAUGCUAGUGUUGUUUGUUUAAUUGAAAUUGGGUGUAUAGCGCUCCAAGUUGAUACAGCGAUUAGCACAGUUUUUAUUGAGGCGUCUGGUGUUUUGGAACCAAUUUUUGCUUGUUUACUUCAUCCUAUUCAAUCAGUUAGAAUUGCUGCUUCGUUUUGUUUAAAAUGCAUUGUCACAUCAAUUCCUUCAUUAACUACACCACUCGUAGAUCGCUGCCUAAGUCGUCUAGAAUACAUGAAAAAAUCACCUGAGGCAAUCAACGGAUUUUCUCUUUGUUUAGCCGCGUUGCUUUCUCAAUGUCGCCAUUCUCAACUCGGAAUUCCAUUCGCCAAAUGCCGUCAAGUUUUCAAUUUAGCUGAAGAAUUAAUUAAAUCUGCAACUCAAACACCACGUUUAAUGUUGAGAAAAGUGCAAGCUGGAUGGAUUUUGAUUUCGGCAAUUUUAUCAUUGGGUAUGAAUUUUCAAUCGAAUUUUUUUGUUAAAAAAAAUUUUUUUCAAUUAAAAGGUCCAACAUUUGCUCGACCUAUUUUACCCAAACUUUUUACACUUUGGCGCAUUUCUUUUCCCCGUUCUGCUGAAGAAACUAAAACUGAACGUGGCUGUGGAGAUGCUGGAAGUUGGGAGGCUACUUUGGAGGCUAGAGCGGGUGCUUUAGCUUCAAUGUCUAUUUUGGCUUUGCGUUGUCCUGAAUUAAUCAAUGAUGAAUUGGCAAAAAAGAUUAUUGUGCCAAUUGAAACUUCGUUAAGUACAAUGUCAAUGGUUGGAGAUUUAUUACUCCUUUAUGGCGUUCGUAUUCGUUCAGUUAUACAACUUUUACAUUUACGUCUAUUCACAUUAUUAUGCCGUAUUCCAGUCUCUCGAUUUGAAUCUGCAAUUAACCCAUUAUUAAAAGAAGUUGUGGCAGAAAUUACUUUGUCUGAUAAUUCACAAACAACACAAAAAAAUUCUUUGUGUGCUAGACAAUCAUUUUUGAGUAGUAUUGGAGGAGGUCUUGGACGUGGAGUAGAACAAGAAAUUUAUUUAGAAAAUGAGGUUUUGUUCUUUAGAUUCCCUUUUUUGGUUUUAUUUGUUUUUGGGGUCACUUUUGGAUUUUUGGGGGUUUUUUUGGAUUUUCCUACAUUGUUGAAUCCUCUACAGCCUCUUCAACCAGGAUCUUUAGAUUUUGAUCCUCUUCAUUUGAUAGAAUAUGAUGGUGGUUAUAAAAAUGGAAGUACUAAAGAAUGGUGGUGGCCAGAACCUCAACCUUUACCAAUUGCUGCUCUUGAUUCUGCCAUUCAAUUAUUUUCAAAAGUUUUCCCAGUAGUUUCCCCUCGCUGUAAGCUUCAACUUCUUCAACAUUUUGGUGAACAACUAAAAAUUUGUCAAAAACCUUUAGCUAGAGCCCAAGCCCUUCAAAUUAAUAUUUUAACGUCUUUAUGUUUGGCUGCGGAAUUUAUUGGUAAAAGAAGGCAAGGAGGUGGAAGGUUAGAUGAUGCAGAAUUACAAAAAGCUUGCGCUGAUUUUGUGUUACCUUUUUUGGAAUCCAAUUCAUUGUUAAUUAAAUUCUUGGCUGCAGAGACGUUGGGUAGACUCGCACAAGCGGUAGCAACGCCACAGUUUGUUGCAGCAAAUGCCCAAUUUUGCUUUGAAAAAAUUCGUUCAUUAAAAGAUGAAAGUUCAAGACAAGGCUAUACACUAGCAAUUGGUUCAUUGCAUCGUUAUAUGGGUUCAUUAGGUAGUGGACAACAUUUGAAUACUGCAAUUGAAAUUUUGCUGUCGUUGGCUCAAGACACUAAUAAUUGUUCUUCUGUAAAGCAAUGGGCCAUUAUUUCGCUGUCACUGAUAGCUUCAACUGGAGGUGGAAUGUUUUGCCCAUAUGCUGAACCAGUUCGUAAUCUUUGUUUCCAAUUAUUAAUGAAUACUCAACACUUGUCCAACGAGAUUGUUCGUGCUGUUGCUAAACUGAUUUUUUCUCUCAUAACGGCAGCUGGUCCAGAACUUAAUUCAACACCCUCAAGUAAUAAUGGAAAUAAUGCAGAAUCUGCUCGUAAUUCUUUUCUUACAAUAUGUUCAAUGCUUAUACAAUUUGAUGAUCCUUUUGUUAAAGCCGAUGCUACAGCUUGUUAUCAACAUUUACAUUUAUUUGUUCCUCGAUUUUUGGAUAUUUCUCAGUUGGUGUUGACUAUUUGUGAAUUUCUACACAGUCCAACAUUUAUUUUACGAAAAUCAGCAAUUGUAUGUCUUCGCCAAUUGCUUCAACGCGAAUCUCACGAAGUACGCGAGCAUGUUAAACCUUUAAUACCUUCAUCUGGUUUAUUUGUUGAAAAUGAUUUGGAUGGUGGAAGAAAAUCUGCGAAAAUUUCUGACAGAGUUUUUGUCCUACCAGAAUGUGGACUAGAAGGAGCCCUUUUUCAAAUGAUGGAUACAGAAACUGAUUUUGAAUUGCGUGAACAUAUAAAGCAAUCUCUUCUCUUUUUACUACAAACAUCAUGUAACGAACUUCUUGGAUUUUGGUUACUUCUUUGUAAAGACAUUUUGGGCAGUUCCCAGUUGAGUCAAGAUAAUAUUCGAAGCACAAUUUGUGUGACUGUUGAUGAUGGAAAAGAGGAAAAUGAGGAUGAUGACGAUGACAAUUUACAUGGAAGUACACCUUCAAAUACCAAAAUUGGAAGCACAGAAAUAUUAAUUCAACCUCGUUGGCCAACUCGUUGUUUUGCUUUUGAAAUUGUUCAACGCCUUUUGGGUGUUUGUGACACAGACAAGGCCCAUUUGGAUUUGGCACUAGCAAAAGAAUUGAAACAGAUGGAUAUUGAAGACGGAGAAUCGAAUACAAAUAAAAAAGCUGGAGAUUACCUAGUUUUGCAUCUUUCUGAUCUUGUUCGAAUGGGAUUUAUGGGUGCAACUAGUGAGAAUUUUCAUUUGCAAAUGGCUGGAUUAAAUUGUCUACAAAGCAUAAUUAGUAAAUUUUCCAAAGUAGCUGAGCCAGAAUUUCCCGGACAUUUAUUACUUGAACAAUUCCAAGCUCAGAUUGGAGCAGCACUUCGUCCCGCCUUUUCUCCCGAAACUCCCCCAAAUGUUACUGCUUUUGCCUGUCAAGUAGCGGGUACUUGGCUAUGUUCUGGUGUUGCUAGAGAUUUGAAUGAUUUGAGACGUGUUCAUCAAUUAUUAGCAUCUUCUUUAGAUAAAUUGCCUAAAAGCAAGUCGUCAGAUGUUGAAAAGCUUGAGCAAGAUAAUUCUUUGUCAUCAACUCCUCCAGCAUCUAUGCAACUUUACAAUGAGAGUAUUGCAACUUUGGAACAAUUAUCAAUUCUUCGUGCUUGGGCUAAAGUAUAUAUUUGUGCUAUUGAACAAUGGAAGAAGCAGACAACAUCAAAAGAAGAAUCCUCAAAUACAAAUAAUUCUCUUUUAGUUUUGGUAGAGCCUUCUUUAAAUAUUUUAAUAAAACAUUGGUUUGCUGUUCUUCGAGAUUUUUCAAUUCUUUCAUUACCUCAAAAUAUUUUGGACGAUUUGAAGGAAUCUGGAUUUGAUGGAGGAGGAACUUUUUUCACAGCAGAUAGCAUUGAGUGUUGCAAAGAGCAUUAUUACACUUCUUGGCCAUUAAUUUUACUGGCUUGUUCAGUAUGGAUGCGUUAUGGGCAAAAUCUUCAAAAUCCUAAAGAUUAUGUAAUUAAAGAAAAGUCUAAUUUUCAUUUAAUUCUUGGAAUUUGUAUGGAUUUUUUGUCAAAUAAUGCUAAAAGGGAAGAUGAAAGACCUAUUCAACUUUGUCUUUCUUCAAUAGAAAAUUUAUUGGAAUGUGAAAAAUUACAGUUAGAAUUGAUGUCUGAUGUUAGAAUGCCUAUUGAACUUUUGAAUGUGCUUUACAAAUUAAUCUUAACUUUGGACAGUAUGCAAACACAACACCUUUUAGUUAGAAUAAUUUCAGCAAUUUUAAAAGCAGCAAAGCUUGUAAUAGAAUUAAAUAAAAAUGAAGAAGAACAUUAUCAAAAUCAUCAUCAAAAUAAUAAUAUACAACUCGAAAAUGGACAUCUUUUAACUUCAAAUAAUUCUUUUAAGGGUAGUGAAGGAGUUGGGGGAAUUUUUGAUCCAUCAAAUUCUUUAGUUUUUGCGUUGCUCGAAUCAAUUAUGUGUAUACUUGCGCGACAAGAUGAAUUAAUUCAUUCUACAGUGGAUUUACUUCCUCAAUUGACUUCUUUUUGUUGUACAGAUGGUUUAAUGGUUAUUUUACCUUCACUACUUAAUUUAUUGUUUGGCAUUCUUCGAGAAUGUUCUUCUCAAGAAGAUGAUAAUCAACAACAAUCUAAAGCUAUUAGUUCUGCUAUUUUGGCUUUAAAGAAACUUUGUAUUGAAUGUCCUCAUCCAACAAAAGAACAAAAAUUAUUUGAAGCAUGGGAAUCGAUAAUUCGAAGUGGCCUUCUUUCUUUGCUUAAUUUCGCUAAUGAAUCGCAUCAAUCUGGCCAUAAAGAACAACAAUUAACCUUACUAUUAUCCGCUGCCGUUAUUUUGUCUGCUGCUUCUACAGCAAAACCAAAAACAAUUAAAAAUGGGGAGGAAGGAGACGAAUUGCCAACAAAAACAUUUUGUGUUAAUCAAGAUUUGUUUGAAAAAUUUUGUUUGGCGCAAAGAGAAGCCCUUAUUAAUAAUGAUGAAGAAGAAAAAGGAGAAGAAAGACAACGCAUAAUAAUUUUGAAAAGAUUUAUUCUAAAUUUAUGUCAACAAAUUACAGUUGGCAAAACAGACACUUGA